UUUUUUCCCAGGGCGAGCGCUUGCUUACCAUGUCUUGUUCAGAUAAAAUUGCCAAGUGGAAUACUGUCGGACUUCAAGGUGCUCUUCUUUCCCAUUUCAUCAAGCCUGUGUAUCUCACAGGAAUUGUGAUCGGCAGCUUAUUCAGUCCUUCACACUUAUACCGAGCUGUGAUUGGCCGUCUAGAAGGAACGUUGCAAGCACUUCCUCCUCCCUAUAGACUCAACAAACCUCUUUUAGAAACAACGAGCUCUAAUACAGAAAGACUAGCUAGUAAAACUCCGAACCAUGCUGUUGUUUGGAGUGCAGGUAACCCACUUUUUCCUCCUUAAAAUUGGCAGUUAUAU